CGAAACAAGCGUUGAAGCCCGAUACGAAGGUUUUAGUACGUGUAACAGUUUUUGAUAUAAAUAUUGGACCACGCCAACAAAAUAGUAUCAUUGAUCACAGUGACUUCAGUGUAGAAGUACAUACCCCUUUUCCAGUUUCAGCAUAAUGGCAUUCAAGUUCGUCGUAUUUCUGGCUUCGUUGGCUGUUGCCAGCGCUGGAUACCUGGAAGCUCCAGUGUCGUAUGCUGCACCGGUGGCCCAUUACUCUCCAGCUUCGUCCGUGAGCUACAGCUCCAUCUCUCAGGCUGCUCCAGCUGUGGCCAAGACUGUGGCCUAUGCUGCCCCAGCUCUCCAAGCUACCUAUGCCCAUGCUGCUCCAGUUGCCACCUAUGCCCAUGCUGCCCCCGUUGCCACCUAUGCUGCUCCAGUAGCCAAGACCUUGGCAUACGCUUCUCCAGCCAUUGGAGCUACCCAUGAGAGCACCAUCCGCAGCCAUGACGGCACCAUCUCUCACCAGUCCAAGGCCAUCGACACUGCUUUCUCCAGCAUCCGUAAGUCUGACACUCGCAUCACCAACGAAGCCCCCAAGCUGGCCUAUGCUUCCUAUGCCGCCCCAGCUGUUGCCUCUUAUGCCCAUGCUGCCCCAGUUGCCUACGCCAAGCAGUUGAGCUAUGCUGCCCCAGCCCUCCAGACCUACGCCCAUGCUGCACCAGCUGUUGCCACCUACGCCCAUGCUGCCCCAGUUGCCUACGCCAAGCAGGUUAGCUACGCUGCUCCAGCUCUCCAGACCUACGCUCAUGCUGCUCCAGCUGUGGCCACCUAUGCCCAAGCUGCCCCAGUUGCCUACGCCAAGCAGGUGAGCUAUGCUGCCCCAGCCCUCCAGACCUACGCCCAUGCUGCUCCAGCUGUGGCCACCUAUGCCCAUGCUGCCCCAGUUGCCGUUGCCAAGCAGGUUAGCUAUGCUGCCCCAGCUCUCCAGACCUACGCUGCUCCAGCUGUUGCCUCUUACGCGCAUGCUAGCCCAGUUGUUGCCGCCCACUCCACCAAGACCCUGACCUACUCCCCAGCUGUGGAGGUCGCCCAUGUCAGCUACGACGGAACUCAUGCUCAUUAUGGCUGGUAAAUCAUCCAACACUGAGUCACUAACACAACAUCUCCCUUGCACAGAUUUUCUCCCCCAGAAUCUCCCAACCCCUCCCCCAAAAUGUCCUAUUUAUUAGACUGUUUUGUAUAAGAAACUCGCUCUAAAGAGUUGUCCUCAACUGUCCCUUCCCUCAUUUGGGAAGGAGAUUGCCAUCCUGAGGGCAAUUCCACGAUUGUGAAAAAAAUGAAACGUUAGACAAAACCAAACAACAA